AGGGUUUCUCUGUGGUUGAGAAAAAGGCUCAUGAGAACCAUGGAGAGGUCGGCAGCACGGUUUUCUGUCCCCGGAGUCUGGUGGCCCUGUGACCGGCCUCCUGCACCGUGGUGACCCCUGCAGGCGUUCUCCGGGUCAUGGCCCGGAUCCAGUCAGGCGCCCAGGCUGGGCUCCGUCUUAUGGGAAGUGCGGGGCUGGGCUGGGUGUCGCCCACGGUGGCUGUCGCUGGGCCUUGCUGAGUGUGCUUGCCGGUCCCCACCGCAGAGAGGUCGCCUUUGCUUUGCAAAUGAUGGAACAAGACUGGCUGUUCCCUCCCGAUUUCUAAUCUGAGCAGCAGAAAGGAGUGUUACAGAGGAAAGAGUGUUUCUGCGUGAAUACAGCGUCCCGGGCGUGUUCUGAGGCUCUCAGGGCCGGGCUGGCUUUAGCGGAGGCUUCUAAGCUGUCCUGGCCUUGUCCCUUGGAGAGAGCCAUGGGUGUGCUCUGGGUGGCCACUCAGAACUUACCGGUAUUUACUGACGUAAAAAUAUCUGAACACUCAAAGGCUAUAAACAAAUGACGGCCUGUGACGGGUGUCACUUGUCCUUUGAUUUGGCCCUUGCUGGCUGGCGGCUUACACCAGCCUUUAUGCGUCCUGUGCAAGCAGAGCGCCCUUCGAUCCUAGCCACGCAACUUUGGGCUGCUCUCUUCUAGGACUUGCUAACACACGGGAGAUGUGCUUUUGACCUGUUCGAGACCCUGCGAGAAUAAGAUUUCUUUGUAGCUGUGUUAUACACGGAGACCAGAGCAGCGUGUGUAGCCGGACCCAGGCCUGGGCCUUCUGGAGGAUUCGGCUGACUGGGGGUUGGUCUGAGCCAGCCAGCACCCCUCCCCUCUGGUGGUUCUCAGGCCCGGCCACCACGGGGGAGCACUGCGCAAGAGCAGUCCUUUAACUGCGUGCUGGAGGCAGGCGCUUCGGGAUGCCAGCGCCUUUCCGUGGUCCCUGCAGAGAUCUUUGCUCAUAGCCAUGCCUCUGCUGAAGAUGGAAACCCUGCUUCCAGAAUUCACCGCCAGAACGCAGAAUGUUCAGCUCAACAAAGAAAUGACGCUCGCCAGCAACCGGAGCCUGGCAGAAGGAAACCUCCUGUACCAGCCCCAGCUCGACGCCCUGAAAGCACGUUUGACCCAAAAAUACCAGGAACUCCAGGUUCUCUUUGAAGCCUAUCAGAUAAAGAAGACCAAAUUAGACCAGCAGUCUAGCAGCGCUUCCCUGGAGACGCUGCUGGCGCUCCUGCAGGCCGAAGGGGCCAAGAUUGAGGAAGACACCGAGAACAUGGCGGAGAAGUUUCUGGACGGAGAGCUUCCUCUGGACUCCUUCAUCGACGUCUAUCAGAGCCAGCGGAAACUGGCCCACACGCGGAGAGUGAAAAUCGAGAAGCUCCAGGAGCUGGUGCUGAAGGGGCAGAGACUUCCGCAGGCCUCUGCGCCGGCCCCGCUGCUGCCCAGGGUGCCCGAGCCGGUGCCCGCCGCCCCCCUGCCCUACCCUACCUCAGAGGCCAGCGGGCCUUCCUCCAUGCUACCUCGGCGCGUCCCCCCGCCUCCGCCUCCGGUGCCUGCAGGACGCUUGGCCACGCCAUUUACCGCCGCUAUGGGCUCAGGACAGGCGCUCCCGUACCCGGGGUCCCCGUGCCCGCCCCUGCCCCCCCGCGUGGGCCUGCCCCCCCAGCAAGGAUUCUCCGCGCAGUUCGUGUCUCCGUACCCGCCCGCUCUCCCCCAGAGACCCCCGCCGCGGCUGCCGUCCCACCAGCCCGGCUUCAUCCUCCAGUGAGCCUCCCCCGUCCUGCCUGGGAGGCCGCACCUGCCGGCCGGGCCUCUGCACGCACAGGCUGUGAGGACUAGGGUGCCGGUGCCCUGGGCCAGCGCACCCCUUUGAUUCUAGAACUAGUAGGUCAGCGGUAAGUAGCCAUAGGACCCGGUUUGGUACCGGAGGUGGUGUGUGCAGGGCGUCCCCCGCGGUCGCGUGGGUUUGUUUUCGGUAUGAUUUCUAAGUCUCAUAACGUUGAUGGACUUUGGGGAAGAGCGCCUUCCCUCCCCGCCUGGAACCGGGUCCUCCCCUCGUGGGUUCAUUUAAUGAGCAUGUUCCAUCGUUUCUGCUUCGUUUGCGAAAAGACUGGGCCACGCGGGCUCGCCCACCACGCGCCACCGUCCCUGGUCAGGGUGGGCCAGGUGGGCCGCCUGGAAGGUGCUUACUGAAUCUGGGGGGCAGGGGUGGCCAGUCCCCCCUCCCCCAAACCCGGAUGCUUUGAAGCCCCGUGCGGCAUCGGCGCUGGGCCCACAGCCAGGGCGAGUGGCAGCUGGGCCGGAGAAGGGUCUGAGCUGGGCCUUGCACAGCGAUGCGCCCUGCUCCCCCCUCCCCCACCGCGGCCACCCCUGACUGUUUCUACAAAGAAAUACCCCCCCAGUAUUUUUACUAUGUCUAAUUUUCCUGUUUUAUAUUGGCAAAGAAAACUUUUUGGACACAAGACCAUUCAGGGAAACUUUAUAAAAAUGCACAUAUUCUUUUGAGCAGAGUGAAGUACAGAAGUGAAUGCCAUUUCCUUUUUUUACAAGCAGUGUAUGGUCUCCUGUGGGUGCCUGUGCUGUGCCUUAGUUUCCCCCUGGUGCCAGUGAGGGGCCGGCUCCGGCUCCCCUGCAGGCCCCCAGCUGGGCAGGCGGAGGGGCAGCUCCCACGAGCGACUUUGUUCCCCAAGAGGCUUGGUCGGGGUGCUGCUGGCAGAAGCAGCCUGUCCCACCGUGGACCAGGAUCCUGGUAGCCAGUCUCUUCCUCGGCGGGGGCCUCCGGGCAGGAGGGGGGACAGAGGGACCCCAGCAGCUCUCUGCUGUGCCCAGAUCAUCGGAUGGUGCCAACAGACUCACGCUCUGCCACACCCCGCGCUCUUCCCGGCCCUUUGGGGUCUCACCGGCCCAGGUAGCGGAACGGCGGCAGAGCUCCACAGGGUCUGUCCCAGCAGGCCGGGGGUGAGGCCGCCACACUUUGUCUUCAGUGCCCCUGGGCAGGGACACCCCUGUACUGUCACUGAAAUGCCCCAGGGGCUGGCUUACUACCCUGCCAAGUGAGCUCGGUGUGGAUGUGGGGACGGCGCUGCCAGGGCCGGGGCUGUAAAGCUGGAGGACCCUUCGUAAUAAACGGAAUGAACUAUGGUCCUGUCCUG